GCAAGCGGCUACAACCUCUUGGCCAAAUCUUGCGACAACUCUGGCGAUCUAGGGUAUACAAUAAUUCUCAUCUAACUCAUGCAGCAACCAAUCGCAAGUUUCUAGAUGAUGCGGACAAACAAACCAACGAUUUCAGUACUGCACAGGUCAAAACUGGAUAACCAUGUGUCCAUGUUCCUACCGUCUCCAAGAACAACGAAUGGGAACCAGAAUAAACCCUGGACGGUCAUGCAACGAUAUUCUCAUCAGAAGUGGAGGACAAGUGCAAAGUGGUACCUAUUGGAUUGCCCCUACUUCAUCUGCCUACCCAUUUCGAGUAUUUUGUGACAUGAAGACUGCAGGAGGAGGAUGGACUCUUGUUGCUAAAGUAAAGGGCAAUGAUGCUUUGAUGAACAGGAUCAACACAGCUCAGUGGCGAGACGGCAGAUUGAUUGGAAGUACUCAUGAUCUGAAAGAUGUUAUGAUACGCAGUCUCACUAACGGACAGAAGCAUUUGGCAUGGAGGCAUCCAGUAACAUAUCAAAAUAUUCAGGCAAUUGUCAAGAGUUGCACAAGAGUUGCCAAUGGUGUGAAGCUGUCUGGUAGUAUUCAUCAAUUAGACUAUAAAGGCAACCAAGCAUAUCAUCACGGCUGCACUGAGUUGGUCUACGGGUUCAUGGGUGGAGACUGGUCCUAUGCUGUAACUAUUGUGGCAGGAUGUCCCAAGGCUACAAGCAUGGCCACACUGGCGCAAUCAUUGGAGCAUUUCUGGAUCCACCCAGAGGAGACAGAACUAAGAGUGGACAGAACACUAAAUAAGUAUGUGUUACUGACUUUGGCGUUGGUGGUGGGUAUCAUGAGAUGAGUUCCGCCACUAAAGCCUAUGCAAUCAACGCUCAUUACUGGACAAACAGCAACUCUGGCUCCUACUCCUGGAAUUCCCAUGCUGUUUUCAUCAGAUAAAGAUAAAAUUCAUGUGACUUGAGAACACAUAAGAUUUCCUGAUCAAUUGCAUGAAAGAUUACUAUUACUCAAACACUGUUGCUUGUUGCUCUGCUAUAGUUUAAAUAGCUGCAGAUGAUGUAUGAGUCUAGCAUGUAGGAUAGUGAUAAUCUAUAUUCAUUCAG